UGCCCGGCCCGGCCGGGGGCGUGUCCCAGCCUGGGGGCGGGGCCGGGAGCGCGAGGAGGCGGAAGUUCCCGCGGGCGGUGGGGACGGCGCACGCACCCGGAGUCACUUGUCAGCGCUCGUCUGAAGCGGAGGCAGCGCCACGCCGGACUCGAGUUUCUUUCAUUUUCUGGGAUUGAACUUUGAGCUGUUAGAGCCAUGAGCAACUACAGUGUGUCCUUGGUUGGCCCAGCUCCUUGGGGUUUCCGGCUGCAAGGUGGCAAGGAUUUCAACAUGCCUCUGACAAUCUCUAAUCUAAAAGAUGGAGGCAAAGCAUCCCAGGCAAAUGUAAGAAUAGGCGAUGUGGUUCUCACCAUUGAUGGAAUAAGUGCACAUGGAAUGACUCAUCUUGAAGCCCAGAACAAGAUUAAGGGUUGUACAGGCUCUUUGAAUAUGACUCUGCAAAGGGCCUCUGCUACACCCAAGCCUGAGCCAGUCCCCGUUCAAAAGGGAGAACCUAAAGAAGUAGUUAAACCUGUGCCCAUUCCAUCUCCUGCUGUGUCCAAAGUCACUUCCACAACCAACACGGCCUACAAUAAGGCACCACGACCCUUUGGUUCUGUGUCUUCACCAAAAGUCACAUCCAUCCCGUCACCAUCGUCCGCCUUCACCCCACCCCAUGCGACCACUUCAUCACACGCUUCCCCUCCACCCGUGGCUGCUGUCACUCCUCCCUCAUUCGCUGCAUCUGGACUGCAUGCUAAUGCCAAUCUUAGUGCUGACCAGCAUUCGUCUGCACUGAGCGCUGGUAAACCUGCAGUUAAUGUCCCACGGCAGCCCACAGUCACCAGCGUGUGUUCCGAGACUGCUCAGGAGCUAGCAGAGGGGCAGAGAAGAGGAUCCCAGGGUGACAGUAAACAGCAAAAUGGUAACCCUGGCACCGUGAAAACUCCACCUAAACGUCCACCAAGAAAACACAUCGUGGAGCGCAAUACGGAGUUUUAUCACAUACCGACUCACAGUGAUGCCAGCAAGAAGAGACUGAUGGAGGACACUGAAGACUGGCGUCCGAGGACUGGAACAACUCAGUCUCGCUCUUUUCGAAUCCUCGCCCAAAUCACUGGGACUGAACAUCUGAAAGAAUCGGAAACUGAAAAUACAAAGAAGGCAAAGUUUGACAGUUCUUGGGAAGACCUACCUAGGAGUGGACCUCCCCGACCUGCAGCACCUCAGGUUUUACAUAUUGGUAGCCAAGUAGCCACACUCUCCAAAGUGACUACAUAUUCUAGCAGCAACACAAGCAGUGUGGCAACAAGUUCUUUGGAAGGUUUUCGAAACUUUUCUACCUUCUCUUCUCCUGCUAGAUACAGUGCUGCGGCUCUGAGCAGCGCAGCUGCUACUGUGUCUGCUGUUCUUGCUGCAAAAACCAGGCUCUCCAGUCCUGAUAAAUAUCACACACUCCUGGAUGCACUUAGCAUCAGCCCUGUUUCCAAGCCUUUAGCUUUUUCGUACCUCCAGGCCUCCAGGAAGUCAACUGGCUCUAUCCAUGUUAAGGAAGCAAGCAACACCCAGGAGACUCCUCAGCAAUUGGUCCCAUCAGUAGCUUCAGCUCGGAGCAUGCCUGAGAGACAGGAGAGCCCAGCGGCCACUAGACCAGGGGUGGCUGGUCUCACAACUGCUGCUGCCUUCAAACCUCCAGGAUCCACCAACGUUAUCAAAUCUCCAAGCUGGCAACAGCCAAACCAAGCAGCACUUUCCAGUGGAAGAAUCUCAAACAGUGCAGCCUCAUCAGGAGCAGUAGCACCAGCCAACUCAGCCAGGGGACAGCCCCAGUCACAUGACCAAGGCACUUUAGUGCAAAGAGCUGAGCACAUUCCUGCAGGGAAACGAACUCCAAUGUGUGCCCACUGUAACCAGGUCAUCAGGGGACCAUUCCUAGUGGCACUGGGGAAAUCUUGGCACCCAGAAGAGUUUAACUGUGCUCACUGCAAAAAUACAAUGGCCUACAUUGGAUUUGUAGAGGAAAAGGGAUCCCUGUAUUGUGAGCUGUGCUAUGAGAAAUUCUUCGCUCCUGAAUGUGGUCGAUGCCAAAGGAAGAUCCUUGGAGAGGUCAUCAAUGCUUUGAAACAAACUUGGCACGUUUCCUGUUUUGUGUGUGUGGCCUGUGGAAAACCCAUUCGUAAUAAUGUUUUUCAUUUGGAGGAUGGUGAACCAUACUGUGAGACUGAUUAUUAUGCCCUUUUUGGUACCAUAUGCCGUGGAUGUGAAUUUCCCAUAGAGGCUGGCGACAUGUUCCUGGAGGCCCUGGGCUUUACCUGGCAUGACACCUGCUUUGUAUGCUCAGUAUGUUGCGAAAGUUUGGAAGGUCAGACCUUUUUCUCCAAGAAGGACAAGCCACUUUGCAAGAAACAUGCUCAUUCUGUGAAUUUUUGAAAGUCAACAGCUCAGGGGAGGAGAAGAAAUUUGAAGAGAAAGAGAAGAAUUAGAAUUACCGAUUAGUUUUUAGAUUUAAUAUUGUAGGAGUUUUGAAAAAUAAUAGUGACCCUGAAGGGAUAAAUUCCAGCUUUAAAAACCAAGUCUAUGAGGAAAUAUUUGGCUUCAUAAGGUAGAGAGACAGUUUGGCAUUUAUGAUUACUUUUUCCUCUAUUUUCUGCCCAUAAAAUAACUUUUAUAAAAGCCAAUUUCCUGGUUGACUAUUAAAUUCAUCAUAGAAUAAAUUAGUGAAGAAUUAAACUUUAGAAUAAAAACCUCUAACAUUUAGGCUGAGGUAAUUAUACUUUCUUUCCUUGUUAGGUAGUUCUGAGUAAAUCUGUAAAAGGCAAUGAAAAUUGCCUUGCAUCGUCAGUAGGUAAAAUGUAUUUUUUCAAAAAUAGUGCUUAUCUUUAAAAGAGGAAAUAGUUUAAACAGAAUUUUGUCAGUAGUAGCUAUCAGUUUUUUAAAAAACCAUAUGUACUUUUUGGUCUUCUAGCUGAUCAUUCCAGUGGGGAAGACCAUUGAGAUUUUUUAUCAAAAUGUGUCAUGCCAAUAGGAGGUGUGAUAUUUCUCUCAUCUACCCCCCUCCAAAAAGCCACCCUGUACUUUAUAAAUGUCAAAUUUUUUGCCUUUUAUUAAAAUAUGGCCAUUUCUAUUUGCGUAUUCAUUGUUUUAUCACCUAUAUUAGUCAAACUCCCAUUUUUCCCCCUUCCCUCAUGCUGAGGUUAAGAGAGUAAGUAGAAAAGAGUGUGGUUAAGAAUUAUGGUAAAUCAGAGGAUUGUAUCCAAAAUUUUUAAAAAUCCCCCCCUUUUGGACAAUAAGUCCAUUAGAUAAGUUUCAGAUCUGUACUACUGACUGAUAAAGGUUCGAGAACUCUCUUUGCAGAAUAAUUUUUUCUUUGAUUCUGCAUUAGAAAAGUAAAAGAUUGGCUUGGGGAUGUGAUAAAAUCUAGGAUUUUUGUUUGUUUGUUUUCUUUCAGUAGCUCUCUCAAUAAUAAAUGAACCACUUCCAAAUGUGAUCAUGAAGUUUGGAAAACGUUUACUCCCAGAGGUUGGUAGUAUAGGAGGGAAACAUGAUCAGUCGCCCAGACUGGCUCGUUAUUUGUUUUCUGUAUUUGGGGGGGGGGGGGGUAUUAUGCAGAUAACACAUGAAGACAGAGCAGCCAUUGUGGUGAAAUUGUGAAUUGUAUUGAUAUUUGCCCAGUGAGAAAACAGAUUAUGACAUUGAAUAGUUUUUCCCUUUGUUUCUAGAAUGGAUGCAAGCCCAUGAUCCCACUAAGGUAUAAUAUCAAUUUGUCUGGGGCAAGGUGCUUUUAAAGUUGAGACAGAACCCCAAGCCCUCCCUGCCCCAUAACUCACUAACGACUUCACUUCCAUUGUGUGUGUGUGUUUGUUAUAGAGGGAGGUUUUAGGCUCUAAUAUUUGUUUAACCUCCCUAAGAACUUUGCAAGGCAUCUGUCCUGAAAGCUGUUAAUUUAUGGCCUAGCAGAUUUAUAUUAUAUACAGAUAAUAAUUAACUGGGAAUAAAAGAAUGAACAGGGUGACAUGAAGUGGCUUCACCAGUAGCAACCCCCAACUACCUCCUCACCCUGCAUCUGUAGGGAGGCAGGAAGUUUUAUUUUCGAAACAGAGUGCUGGGACUGAAUUGUGCGUUAUUUCUCAUUGCUGCUGAAACCACCUGUAGAGUUCGUGCUGGCUAAUGUGCGUGGUCACAUAUCUUAAUGUCAGUCUCUUUCUUUACGUGAUAUAAAUUGGUGGUUUUGUUUUGAUGUAGUAGAGAUUUUUUUUUUGGUUGUUUAGUUUUGCCUUUAUAGAUUCUGUGCCAAGAUAGUAUUUGAAAAGUCAGUGGCAUUUAGGUAUUUCCUUUAAAGAAUUUUAUUUGACCUGGAUUUCUUAUUAAGUUACCUUACACUAAGGAUCUCAUUUUUAUUCGAUUUUUCUUCAUACACACUAUUCAUGGAGCGUAAUUUUGCAUUCCUCUAAAUUUUGUCCCUAAAAGGAUAACAUUACUUCUUCCUAAUUUAUCAUUUUGUCUUUGUGCUUUGUCCUCUUUUGUGGCAAAGCUUUAUAUCUGUUCCUAAAACAGUUAAUCCUGUGAAAUAAAUAUUGAUUAUAACCCAGAAGAAUCUCUGUAUUUUCCAGUGGGGAAUGCCAUAUUUAAUAUACCAGCAUUAAUCUUUUAAUAACUGGCAGAGCACUUUAUUCUUCUGGCGAGCUCCCUGAAUAUUUAUUUUUCUGAUUAUAAAUAUUCCAGAUCAGUAGCGUUUUUUUUUUUAAUUAUUACCUCUUUACUGUAGAGCAUUUACUUGUAGUCUUUCUUGAUGUAUAUUUUGGAAUGCUGUACUUAGUAUAAUACAGAUUAAUAUUACAGUAUAUGACUCUAAAGCAUCCCCCACUUGUAUUUCCCAAAUUCGAAAAUGCGAGUGACAGGUUCCAAUUUAUAACGUUUUGUAGACUUCCAAGGGCUGAAUGUUGCCCACUGGAGUGGCGGCCGAGAGAGGAUCCCCACUGUUUAUGUUCAUAGCAGCAUACUAUUUCUUACGGAUUUGGGCUCCAUUUACAGCUGAACACUACAGCCUCGUCAUUUGGUCACAGUGUUAAGACCGAUAAGAGUUGCAAUCUUCCAACUGUCAGUUGAAACCUUAUGGUUAAAGGUCAUCGACAACAAAAAUGUUUUCAUGGUGCCAUUUUCACAGGGUAGUGUACUAGGACCACUUUCAUAGAAAAUAAUUCCUUCCUCUCCCUUGUUCAAGUAGGAAUCUAGUGUUGUAUUAACAUUUUUGUAACGUUUAGAGUUUUUUAAUCAUCCCUGUCGAAAGGAGAGGCCUUUCAGACAUAAGAGAGGGGGAAACACUGAAUAAUUUUACACGGAUCUAAUGUGGCAUCACUGUCAUCCCUAAUCCUCCGCAUGUUUUAAGAUACUGGCUUUGGAUUUUCAAAAUAUCAUUUGCCUUUCUGUUAAUCUGUAUUUUCUGUUGCUUUACAUUUUUCGGUUUGUAUAUGUCUGUACUGUUUUGCUUUUGGCUAUAUUUUCGAAUAAACACCACAUGAGAAAUAUAAUCAGCAUAGUUACACCUUAAUGUGCACAUAAUAAAUAAAUGGCCGCAGUGAUGUAAA